CCCAAAUAGAACGAGGAUGCAAUUCCUGGAGUCUCAAACUGUAAUGGAACGUUGUCUGGAUUCCCAGGAGGGAGGGGCUCUAUUCCAGAGGAUCGAGAGACAUCAGAGCUUGUGUGGGAGAAAGAAGGCAGAGGUAGAGGAAACGCUGAAAAGGAUUCAGGCCCACAAAGGAGUUAUUGGAACUAUCGUCGUAAAUGCAGAAGGGAUCCCAAUCCGAACAACGCUCGACAACUCCACCACAGUUCAGUAUGCUGGCCUUCUUCAUCAGCUAACCAUGAAAGCAAAGAGCACAGUCCGAGACAUUGAUCCCCAGAACGAUCUCACCUUUCUCAGGAUUAGAUCAAAGAAACAUGAAAUUAUGGUUGCCCCAGAUAAGGAGUAUCUUCUUAUUGUUAUCCAGAAUCCAUGUGAAUAGAUCUACUACAUCAGUCUAAGGGAGCAAUGCUACAAUUUUUGAAGUGUCCAGUCUAGCCUCUACUAAAUUAAUGUCAUAACAUUCCACUAAGAAAUUUGUCUCAAAUGUUAAACUGUGGAAUCAGGAAAGGUCUUUGUCUCAUUGUACGAUCUCAUUGUAUUUGCCUUUUGAUUAUGAAAAUGUAUUCCUAACUCCUUAAAAAAAUAAAUAAACCCAAAUGUUUAAAACGUG